AUUACAUCCUCUCUUUCUUUUUCUAUCUAUCUUUCUUCCAAAGAGCAUCGUUUAAAGGUCAAUAUCAAUGGAGGAAAUUCAAAAAUUUCUCCAUGGAACAGUUGAAGUUACAAUCUUUGAUGCCACACCUUAUAUAUCAACAUUUCCCUUCAAUUGUUUAUUUUUAAAUGGAAAACCUACUUACGUGACAAUCAAGAUAGGCAACAAGAAGGUAGCAAAGACAAGUCAAGAACAUGAUCGCGUUUGGAAUCAAACCUUUCAGAUUCUUUGUGCUCAUCCUCUAGAUUCAAUCAUCACCAUUACUAUGAAAACAAAGUGCUCAAUCUUGGGAAAAUUCCAUAUCCAAGCAGACAAGAUAGUCAAAGAAGCAACAUUCAUUAAUGGGUUCUUUCCACUCAUAAUGGAAACUGGGAAACCAAAUCCUGAACUCAAGCUGAGGUUCAUGUUAUGGUUUAAACCAGCACAACUUGAACCAACUUGGAGAAAGAUAAUCAGUAAUGGUCAAUCCCAAGGACUAAGAAAUGCCACAUUUCCUCAAAGAUCCAAUUGCCAUGUUACACUUUAUCAAGAUGCUCAUCAUCUUAAUACAUUUCAGCCUCCACUUGCUCUUUGUGGCUCCCCAAGAAAAUUAUGGGAAGAUGUUUAUAAAGCUAUUGAUGGUGCAAAGCUUUUGAUUUACAUUGCAGGGUGGUCUUUCAAUCCCAAAAUGGUGCUAGUCAGGGAUUCUGAAACAGACAUACCACAUGCAAGAGGACUAAAGCUUGGAGACUUACUGAAACGAAAAGCGGAGGAAGGUGUAGCAGUGAGAAUCAUGAUUUGGGACGAUGAAACAUCUCUGCCAAUCAUCAAGAACAAAGGGGUGAUGGGAACUCAUGAUGAGGAUGCUUUUGCUUAUUUCAAACAUACUAAAGUAAUAUGCAAAUUAUGUCCAAGAUUGCAUAAUAAAUUCCCUACUUUCUUCGCACACCAUCAAAAGACUAUAACAGUAGAUACCCGAGCAAAUGAUUCGAUAAAUGAUAGAGAAAUCAUGAGCUUUAUUGGAGGAUUAGACCUAUGUGAUGGCCGAUUUGAUACUGAACAACAUUCAUUGUUUCAAACACUCAAUGCAGAAUCACAUUGUGGUGACUUCUACCAAACAAAUAUUGCUGGUGCUAAUCUGCAAAAAGGAGGGCCAAGAGAGCCAUGGCAUGAUGCCCAUGCUUGUAUUGUUGGUGAAGCUGCUUGGGAUGUACUUGCCAAUUUUGAACAAAGAUGGACUAAACAGUGUGAUCCUUCUCUGUUAAUCUCUACUAGCUCAAUAUCAAAUCUUAGACACCAACCUUAUAAUCCUGUUUCUUCAAGCAUUUCCAAUGGUAGAAAUUGGAAAGUUCAAGUCUAUCGAUCCAUAGACCAUGUAUCAGCAAGCAAAAUGGCAAGAAACUUAACCUCGGAGCGAAGCAUACACGAAGCUUAUGUAGAAGCAAUUAGACGUGCAGAGAGGUUUAUAUACAUUGAGAAUCAAUACUUCAUUGGAGGGUGUCAUUUGUGGGAUAAAGAUAAGCACUGUGGAUGUAGAAAUUUGAUACCUAUUGAGAUUGCACUUAAGAUCGUUAGCAAGAUCAAGGCGAAAGAAAGAUUUGCAGUGUAUAUUUUGAUGCCAAUGUGGCCUGAGGGGGUGCCAGAGAGUGAACCUGUUCAGGAUAUAUUGCAUUGGACCAGAGAAACAAUGGCAAUGAUGUAUAAACUGAUAGGUGAAGCAUUACAAGAAAGCGGCGAGCCGGGGCAUCCAAGAGAUUACUUGAACUUCUUCUGCCUUGCUAAUAGAGAAGAGGCGAGCAAGGGAGAGUUUGUUCCUCCAUAUUCACCCCAUCAGGGUACACAAUACUGGAAUGCGCAAAAGAAUAGGAGGUUCAUGGUUUAUGUCCACUCCAAGCUCAUGAUAGUGGACGAUGCAUACAUAUUAAUAGGAUCUGCAAAUGUGAAUCAAAGAUCAAUGGAUGGGAAACGGGACACUGAAAUUGCAAUAGGAUGCUACCAACAAGAAAAUGGUACAGAAAAGGCUAGUCCUAGAGAUAUCCAAGCAUACCGUAUGUCGCUAUGGUACGAGCACACCGGCCUAGUUGAAGAAACACUGCUACAGCCUCAAAGUUUGGAAUGCGUAGGCAAAAUUUACUCAUUAGGGGAGGCAAUGUGGAAAAUAUACAGCGGUGAAGAAGUAACAGACAUGGAAGGUGUGCACUUAGUGAAUUAUCCAAUCAAUGUAACAAAGGAUGGUCUUGUUGAAGAUAUUGAUGAUGGAAAUGGUAACUUCCCUGAUACAAAAACCCCAGUAAAGGGCAGGAGGUCGAAGGUGUUACCUUGUGUUUUUACUACAUAGAUUUGAAGAGGAUAAAGAUUGGAUUGAAGGGUCAAAUUUUUUAUAUCAUUCUUACACUUUGUUGAUGAUCUGAGAUGGGUCUCCACUUUGUUGUGUGAGAAAUUAAUGUAUGUAUAUAUACAUCUAACAUUAUCAAUAACUGAAAAGACCUUACGUAGUAAUGAGUUAAAAUUGAUUGAAAAAAUAUUCUUACAAUGUGUGUAUGCAAUAAAAAUGUUGACAUUCAUAAGUUAUUGUGAUCUCUUUGAUUGGAUAAAAGAUUUAUGAAAUCCUGUUGGCUAUGCCAAUAUGGUCACUAGAGCAUCCAUAUACGAAGUUUGAUUAUUUCCUAGGUUCUUCUGCACAGUAUCAACUGGCUUAUUCAGUAGAGGGAGCAAUUUUUUCCUUCUUCGGCCUGCAUAUAUGGUUAACCUGAAAUUGAAGGCCAAUUUGGUAGUCCAGUUGGUCAAAUUCUACGUCCUGAUUUCAAUUAAAUUGCACCAUUCUUUAGGGUCAGUCAUCGACUUCUCUGUUAAUUUUCAGGUCCAGCAAAUGGUGAAGGCCAUUUUUCCGGAAUCUGGUCUGCAGUUCUCAGAUAGCCUUUUCUUUUGAAUAUACUUAUAUUCAGAUAAAGAAAAGUGGAGUUUCUAUCUACUUCUUCCUUUUGUCCUUUCCGGUUGUGAGCAUUAACGGUGACUCCUCUGUUUGGUAAGACAUUUGCUGAUGCUGAUAAGGAUGGCAAGAUUAACAGAGACGAACGGAAGGCACUUGUUCUUCAGCACCCAUCCCUGUUGAGCAGAGUGUCAAAACAGGUUGGUGGUCGUCCGGAUCUACUCCGGUGAUAUAAUUAGGAUUUGCAAAAUGGAAUCAAUCUAUUUCAAUUCCAGUAUGAUACAAAAUUUAAAUAGAUAUCAUCGUAUCUCAAUUUUAAUACGAUUUAAAAUUUAAAUGAAUUACACGAAUACGAAAUAUGUAAUAUUUUUACUUAAUUGAUUGUG